AUGUUCCUGGUGUCUGCAAAUCCCCCUGACUUUCAUGAUUGUUCCUGUGCAGUACUUGCUGUGGAGAGCCUGGAUGAUGCUGAAGAAUUGCUGGCCACAGAACAAGCCAUGGACAUCUUGUGCUUUCUUCCUGAUGAGAAGUAUGGAUGCUACAGACUCUCUGGAGCCAUCACGCACUUUGGAAAUAAACAGAAAUCCAGAGAGAAGCAUCUGGAAGCAGAUGGCACAGAAAGUGCUAACAAAUCUGCUUUCUUCAAGGGCACUAACUACUUUGAGUUGAUGAAGGGCUUGGUUCAGCCAAAGUUGGUAAUGAAUGUUACCAGAAGUCAAAAUGUAGAACAGAUAAUCUACACUCUUGAUGCCCUGUCAACAUGUGAAAGGAUGUUUAAGUGGCUGGUGGCACAUAUCAGCAGGGUCCUGGAUGCCAAACUGUCAAGGUUCUUCUUCACUGCCAUUCUCAACACCACUCUCUUCAUUCAGCACAUAUUUAUUCUGGAGCAAGAGGAACAGAGGAAAGCAGGCAUUGACCGGGCAUCCAUUGACUCUGGUCUGGAUUUGAAAGCCUGCAUAGAUCUCAUUGAAAACCAUUUUUGCCUAACUGAUAAAUUACUUCCAGCUGUUGGCAACAAUUUUCUUCUCAUGGCAGAAGGAGAGACCCUGGCAAAUGUUGAAGAGAAGUGCGAGUCGCUGAUUAAGUCCCAGAUCGAGCUGGAGGCCAGAGUUGAGGAGCUGUCUGAGUGGGUGGAGGAAGAAGAGGAGAUAAAUUCUGCACUGACUGCCAGGGGGCGGAAACUCGAAGAUGAAUGUUCUGAGUUGAAGAAAGAAAUCGAUGACCUGGAAACAAUAUUAGCGAAGUCAGAAAAGGAGAAGCAUGCUUCAGAGAAUCAGGUCAAGAGCUUGCCUGAGGAGGUAGAAUCUCAGAAGGAAAUCAGCAAACUUAACUGAGCAACCAAGUCCAUGCGGAAAGCUCCUUAGCAGACCCAGGAGUGUGUGCACACAGAGGAGAAACAGAGCAACUUGAGCAAAUCAAUCCUGAACCUGGGGCAGCGCGUUGAUGAGGUAAAAGGAUCCAUUGCCCUUGAGAGGAAAGCAAGAAUGAACUGAAAAAGGGAAAAGCACAAACUACAGGGUGAUUUAAAGGUGAACCAGGAAACUGUGGAGAACCUGGAGAGCAGCCAGCAGUAGCUAGCAGAGUGGCUCAGGAUUUCCCUGGCCCAUUUGCUGUCAACUAGGCAUGACUAUGACCUUAUUGAGGAAGAACCAGAGGUCAAGGCUGAGCUUCACUGGACCCUACCCAAAGGCAAUACUAAAGUGGUGCAGUGGAGAAAGAAUUAUGAACAUGAUGUCAUCCAGAGAACUGAAGAGUUGGAGGAUGCUAGGAAGAAGCUGGCAAUUAGCUUACAGGAGGCUGCGGAAGCCAUGCAGGUGGCCAACGCCAAGAAUGCCUCUGUGGAAAGGGCCCGGCACCAACUGCACCUUGAGCUGGGGGAUGCCCUGUCUGAGCUUGGGAAGGUCUGCUCUGUAGCAGCUGCACUGGACUAGAAGCAGCAGCAGUCUGAGGAGGCCCUUGCUGACUGGGGGAAGCAGAAGCAUGAGGAGUCCCAGGCAUUACUGGCUGCCUCUCAGAAGGAGGCCUGAGCUCUCAGCAGGGUCCUCGAGCUCAAGCACACUUAUGAAGAGAGCAGUGAGGACCAGGAGACACGGAGGAGGGAGAACAAGAACUUGCAAGAACAGAUUUCUAGCCUGACAAACCAGGAUAGAAAAGGGACCCAGACUUUAACUGAAAUGGAAAAGGUCAAGAAACCGAUUGGACAAGAAAAGAUUGAAGCCCAAGUGACACUAGAAGAAAGGGAGGGAGCUCUGGAAAAUAAUCUGGAAAGCAAGAGUCUUCAUUUCCAGUUAGAACUCAUGGAAGCUAAAGCAGAAUUUGAAAAAUGUCAUUCUAAAAUUAGGCAGAAACAGCAGUAUGCUAUUGAAUCCCUUCAGUCUAGUCUGAAUUCUGAAGCCAAGAGCAGACUUGAGGCUACCAGGCUGAAGAAGAAGAUGGAAGGGGACCUGAUGGAGAUGGAAUGCCAGCUUCACUGUGCCAACUGGCAGGUGUCUGAGGCAACCAAAUACCUGACACAGCUUCAGAGUCAAUGAAGGUAAUAUAGGGUGAAGGACCUUCAAGAGCAGCUGGAUGACAGCACACACCUGAACAAUGGUCUGAAGGAACAAGUGGCUAUAGCUGAGCAGCACAAUUCUCCUCUUCAGUCUGAACUAGAGGAACUAAGGUCCUUGCAAGAACAGACAGAUCAUGGGCUCAGACUGGCAGGCAAAGAGCUCCUAGAAACCUCAGAAAGAAUCAGUCUUUGCUAUACCCAUAACACAAGCCUCCUUAACCAGAAGAGGAAACUGGAGACUGAUGUUGCUCAGAUUCAGAAAGAAGGAGAAGAGAUGAUACAGAUGUGUCAAAAGGCAGAAGAGAAGACCAGGAAGGCAGCCAUGGAGGUUCAUGAACUGGAAGGUGAACUGGAGGGCCAGCUCCAUCACAAUGAGGAGACCUACAGGGAAGCUCACAGACUGGAGCAGUGCAUCAGAGAGCUGACCUAUCAGGUCGAUGCUUCUACAGAGCUUGCAGGGAUGGGAGCGGCAGAGGAAGACAAGAAAAUUGAGCAAGAUGCAGACUCUGACGGAUAA